AUGAGUGCAUAAAAUAAUCAUUAGUCCUAGACUUUGUAGCAGCCUAGAAAUAGGUCUAAUUAUAAUUCAAAUCAGAUUAUAGAGGAUGUUGAAAAUGAUAGCGAGUAGGACUCCUAGCUGCUCGAUGGAGAUGUUGACAAUAUUGAGCAAUAAGAAAUCGGAGAGAGAUAAUCAUUAGAUGAUUAGGAGUUGCCAGAAGAUGAGGACGAAGAGGGGAAUCAAUACUAUGAUUCUCAAGAGAUAGAAGAUGAAAAUAUGGAGGACGCCAAUGUACCAAUCAAUCUUCCACAGAAAACUGGUAACAUCGAUCCUGAAUUGGAUGAGCAAAUAGAGGAAGAGAAGAUAUACUCAAUUUGUGGGGAAACGAAGACCAAGAUCCAAAGUGUGGAGCUCUAUGGAUUCCUUUUCUAUAAUUUAACUUGCUUGCUCAUGGUAGUUUUCCUGAUAUGGUGCUAUGUGCCUACUUCAAUUCUUAAUCAGUGGGGGAUCUACUACUAUCCAAACAAGUACUAUGCUAUUGCUUUUCCUACUUGGUUCUUAGUUACUGUAGUAUCUGGAAUUAUGCUCUACGUAUCAGUAGCAAUGAUACAUUGUCACCCUAAACACUCUUUCAAAACAAUGCAAGACUAUGCUUCAGUCCUAAGCAAGCCUAAAGACAUAGAUAUUCAGCAUGAUAAUUAAGCUGAAACCUCAACAGUCGGUAACGACUCUCCCUCAAGUAAAUUCAUUUCACCUAGAAAUGUGGCUACCUUAAAGAAAUCGACCAGUGUGUUUAUCCCAACUAAUACCAACGGCAAUAUGCUUCGAAAUAGGAAGACAAGACAAUCUAAUUAAAAUAUAACUCAAAUGAAAAAGGAAUCUAGAAAUACUUAUGGCAGAAGAGACAUCGAUGAACUCAAAAUAAACUAUUUUGCCAAGAUUCCAGAUAUAGUUGAGCUACCCAUUACAGUAGUGAACAACGUUCUCUACUCAAAGGCUCAAUGGAAAACCGAAUGA